GCCAAAUAUAGUAAAUGAUCACCAAAUCCUAGCGAGCAAAUCGAUGCGAUAUUUCUGUCGAAAUAAUACUACGAUUGACAAAAAACAACUGAAUGGAGUGGUCCAUAGCAAAGUUGACAAGAAAACUGACUGUGUGAUCCUGGGUUCGUGUUUGACACAGUUUCCGGAGAACUUAGCUGAUCUGUUUACCGAACAGCUAAAAUAUAUUGACAAAGAGAAUAUGAACAUAUUAUCUGGUGUACAUGUGAAAUUAAUUCUAAUCAAUGCAGAUUACGAAUUGAUUUGAUGCCAAAAAAAAACUGAAACGGAGCUGAGGACAAUUGAUUUGGCAUAAGAUGAAAGGUCUGAAUUGGCCCAACCAUAAAAUGUAAGGUCAGAAUUGACUCAGGGGCAGUGUUGACCCAGAGCGGCAUGAUCAGCCCGGAGAAACCCCGGACUGUGAACGCUCUGCUGGGAGCAGUGAUUGGCUGCAGAGUGGUGGGGGCUGCAUGGGUUUUGGACUCCGUGAGACAGAGAGAUGGGUCCACCAUGUGGGGUACGAGGUUAAACAUCUCAGGCAGAUCUCUCAGGUUGUAACAGGCAUGUCACGUACAGAGCAACGAAUCAUAACGAAAGCGAUCAAGCAAUUGAACGGAGUGGUCCACAGCAAAGUUGACAAGAAAACUGACUGUGUGGUCCUGGGUUCAUGUUCCACACAGUGUCCGGAAAACUUAGCUGAUCUGUUUACCGAACAGCUAAAUACUAAUAUAGAGAAUAUUAACAUAUCUGGUGUAUGUGAAAUUAAUCCGAACCAAUGGGAAGCACAAACCGAUUUGAUGCCGAAAGAACCUGAAGCAGAGCUGAUGACAAUAGGUUUGACACAAGAUGAAAGGUCUGAAUUGAUCCAACCACAAGUUCAAAUUGAAAAUAGGUCAGAAUUGGCCCAACCCCAAAAUUUGAGGUCAGAUUUUACCCAGGGUGCAGUAUUGACCCAAAGCGGGAUGAUCAGCCCGGAGAAAACGCGGACUGUGAACGCUUUACUGGGAGCAGUGAGGGGCUGCAGAGUGGUGGGGGCUGCAUGGGUUUUAGACUCCGUGAGACAGAACAGAUGGGUCCACCAUGUGGGGUACGAAAUUAAGCAUCUCAUGAAGGUAUCUCAGAGAGCGCGCGUCGAGCGUUGGGCGCUAGGGCGUAUGAAGCGCGAAUACGCGUACAACAUAUUCCGAGGUAUGUCUGUCCAUGUCACACGAGACGCGGAACAGAGGGUCGCCAUCUUACAACUCCCCAUGUGUGGCACAGUCCUGACGGAUAAGCCAAGUUGCAAAACCGGCAUGACUCAAGUUGGCGGCAUGCAAAAUGUCAGAUAUGGGCCUACAUUCAGUUAUAUGACACAAAAUGGCGGUUUCCAAAAUGGCGGAUUGACGCAAAAUAGCAUCCAAGAUGGCGCCGAUAUUACAAUAGGAGUUAACACAGGAGAGAUCUGCUCGAAGUGGGUUUUCGAUAGUAUAGCGGCGGCUAGGAUGAGAACUAUAAGGCGUUACAUAAAUAUUUAAGUGUGUAUUUUUUAACCGACUUCCAAAAAAGAGGA